CGUUCACGUAUGCAGCAAACAAGACAAGAGGCAAGAACCCUCAGAAGCUCAGGAUUGCGAGUAUCUUCACCAUAUUGUCGCAAUACGGACUUCGGUUUUACCGGUGUUUGAAUCCAGAGCGUUUUUUUUCGCUUGAGCGGUAACUGAAGUGAUGAAGGCAACUCGCGUGUGAAUUACUACUGGAAACAAUAACGUUUUAGUAGACUACAUGGAUUUUCCGUCGGUUGUCAAUACUUAACCCCGCUUUUUAUCGGUUUACUACCAUACAGUUUGGGGCCAACGUAGUUAUUUGUUCAAGGAAAUGUGAGGACUUGGAUGCAGCUCAAGAAAGAUGAUGACCUGAGGAUGUCCCUAAUUCCUGUUUACAUGAAGUAGUUCAACUAUCAAACGUCCUCAAGACAACGGAAAGGAAACGGACUAAAUUAAUUGUUGGCUACAUUGUAACAUUUCAAGCUGGCAAGUAAUGCCACUUUUUAUUUUCUAAGUCUGCUGAGUAUCCCACAGAGGAACCAAAACGCGCUCGUGACCGAGAGGGAACGGCCGAUUAACUUUGAUUUUGGGCACCAUCGAUGAGGACGCAUCAGUGAACUGACGAGUCACACAUAGAAACCCCCAGUCCCUCCCACCACCAGCCCCCCUCCCCUCCCUCUGUCCCUCUCCCCCGCCCCAGACUCACCAUGCUGAUCAAGGAGUACCGGAUCCCAAUGCCAAUGAGCGUGGACGAGUACCGCAUCGCCCAGCUCUACAUGAUCCAGAAAAAGAGUCGGGAUGAGACCUGUGGCGAGGGCAGCGGAGUGGAGAUCUUGGAGAACAAGCCGUAUGAGAACGGCCCAGGGGGAAUCGGCCAGUACACCCACAAGGUUUACCACAUCGGCAUGCACAUCCCCAGCUGGUUCCGCUCCAUCCUGCCCAAGGCAGCGCUCCGGGUGGAGGAGGAGUCCUGGAACGCCUACCCCUACACCCGCACAAGAUAUACAUGUCCCUUUGUUGAGAAGUUCUCCAUUGACAUUGAGACGUACUACAAGCCAGACACAGGAAACCAGCCAGACGUCUUCAACAUGUCCCCAGCCGAGAAGAGGCUAAGGACUCUGGACCCCAUCGACAUUGUCAAAGAUCCCAUCACUCCACAGGAGUACUUGCAAGAGGAGGACCCUCGGAUCUACACGUCAGACAAGACCAAGAGAGGGCCUCUGCAGGAGGACUGGAUCGAGGAGUACAACAACAACCCGGGGAAGACGCCCAUCAUGUGUGCUUACAAACUGUGCAAGGUGGAAUUCCGCUACUGGGGUAUGCAGUCCAAGAUUGAGCGCUUCAUCCAUGAUGUAGGGCUGAGGAAGGUGAUGGUGCGGGCCCACCGGCAGGCUUGGUGCUGGCAGGACGAGUGGUAUGGCCUGACCAUCGAGGACAUCAGGCAGCUGGAGCUGGAGACCCAGUUGGCCCUGGCCCAGAAGAUGGCCCAUUUCAGCCAGACAGAGGAGGCCACCGAGGCCAAUGGAGCUGUUUCAUCCCCAGACAAGAAUCAGGAGGUCAAGGAUACCAUCAACUCUUUAGAAGCUGAGGAGGUGGUCAGUGCAGGGGGCGGGGGAGACACUCUCCAAACAAAACGAGCAGGGCUCACAAAGCAGUGGUCCACCUCCUCCAGAUCCUCCCGCUCAUCCAAGAGAGGAGCGAGCCCGUCACGCCACAGCCUCUCUGAAUGGAGGAUGCAGAGCAUUGCACGAGACUCCGAGGACAGCUCAGAGGAGGAGUUCUUUGAUGCUCAUGAGGACUUGUCAGGUGAUGAAGAGGUCUUUCCCAAGGAGAUUGCCAAGUGGAACUCUAACGACUUCAUGGACAAGAUUGAGUCGGCUGAUGCAGAAGACACCGCUGGAGAGCUAUACAAGGACAUGGCAGGGGACUAUGAAAGGGAGGCCGGUGAUGAGAGACUAGAUGAGGACCUCUCCUCUCAGCAGUGUCUGCAGCCUUCUAAGAUCCACGUGCUGAUCCUGGUGCUACAUGGAGGCAACAUCCUGGACACAGGAGGAGGGGACCAGACCAGUAAGCAGGGCGAUGUCAACACCAUCAGCACUGCCUUUGACACAGUGAUGCGCUUGCACUAUCCCACCGCGCUGGGACGAAUCGCCAUCCGCCUGGUGCCCUGCCCUGCCAUCUGUGCUGAGGCCUUCUCCCUGGUGUCCAAUCUGAGCCCGUACAGCUAUGAUGAGAGCUGUCUGUCAAGCAGUCAGGACCACACCCCCCUGGCUGCCCUGCCUCUUCUGGCCACCUCCACCCCCCAGUACCAGGAGGCUGUGGCCACCGUCAUCAUGAGAGCCAACCAGGUGUACAACGACUUCAUCAGGUCCCUGGAUGGGACAACCUUCUCUGGCCAGGUGUGCUUGAUUGGGGACUGCGUGGGAGGGAUCUUGGGGUUUGACGCCUUGUGUAUCAGCAACCAGACUAUUGGUGAGAGCCAGAACAGCAGCCGCAGGGGAAGUGUAAUCAGCGUACAGGACCAGGACCUCCUCUCUCCAGGGAUCAUCAUCAACAGUGGGUAUGGCUCUGCCUCUCCCACCCUGGAGAGCAGCCGCCACCUGAGCCGCAGCAACAUUGACAUCCCCCGCUCAGGAGGACCAGAUGACCCCAAGAGACAGCUGCCCCGCAAGACGAGCGACUCCUCCACAUAUGAGUUGGACACCAUCAAACACCACCAGGCCUUCCUGACUAGCCUCCACUCCAGUGUUCUGCGGACCGACCCGUCCUCACGCAGGUCCAGCAGCAGCACCUUUCAGGAUGCAGGCUCUCUGGGGAAGUUUGAAUUUGAGGUGGCAGACUUCUUCCUCUUUGGCUCUCCUCUGGGCCUUGUCCUCGCCCUGAGGAAGACUGUCAUUCCUGUGCUGGACGUGGCCCAGCUGCGCCCUGCCUGCCAGCAGAUCUACAACCUGUUCCACCCAGCCGACCCCUUGGCCUCGCGCCUGGAGCCCCUCCUGGAGAAGAAGUUCCACCUCCUGCCUCCUUUCAAUGUUCCCCGCUACACACGCUUCCCCCUGGGGGACGGCAAUUCGGCUCUACUGGUGGAGACAGUCCAGAGCAACCCUCAGCUCCUGCUCGAUACUGGGCCCCCCCCCUCUUUCCGCUGUCAGGAGCCCAUCAGCGAGACCUGCAUCCCUGUGCCGGUGCUAAACUGGCAGGAGGGCUCCCUCAAGGCCACACCUGCUGUUCUGGAGUCGGAUUUUGUUCAGUCUCAUGGUGGUGUCUUCAUGGACAGUUCGUACCCCUCCUCCCCCGUUACGGGCCCCCACUGCCGGGGCCUGCGGAGGGCCAGUGAGGUCAGCAUUGCCAGCCAGGUCUCAGGAAUGGCAGACAGUUACACUGCCACCAACAUAGUCAACAUCGCAGCUCGUUGGUGGGGCACCAAGCGUGUGGACUUUGCCUUGUACUGCCCUGAUGCCCUGACAGCCUUCCCCACAGUGGCACUACCGCACCUCUUCCAUGCAUCCUACUGGGAGUCCACUGAUGUAGUGUCCUUCCUGCUGCGACAGGUGAUGAGACAUGAAAACUCCAGCAUACUGGAGCUGGAUGGUAAGGAGGUGUCAGAGUUCACUCCAUCUAAACCCCGGGAGAAGUGGCUCAGGAAGAGAACCCACGUCAAGAUCAGGAAUGUGACAGCCAAUCAUCGUGUAAACGAUGCAGUGUUCACAGAAGGUGGGCUGCAGAUCGUGACUGGCCGCUUCAUGUACGGACCUCUGGACAUGGUCACACUGACUGGGGAGAAGGUGGACAUCCACAUCAUGACCCAGCCCCCGUCUGGAGACUGGGUGUACUUUGACACGGAGCUGACCAACAGCGGUGGCCGUGUGUCCUUCAUCAUCCCAGAGAGCAAACGGCUGGGGGUUGGCGUCUAUCCGGUCAAACUGGUGGUCAGGGGGGAUCACACAUUUGCAGACAGCUACCUGACAGUGCUUCCCCAUGGGACAGAGUUUGUUGUGUUCAGUAUAGACGGCUCAUUCGCUGCCAGCGUGUCCAUCAUGGGGAGCGAUCCCAAAGUUCGAGCCGGAGCAGUCGAUGUGGUCAGGCACUGGCAGGACCUGGGCUAUUUGAUCGUCUAUGUGACGGGGCGUCCAGACAUGCAGAAGCAGAGAGUGGUGGCCUGGCUGUCUCAGCAUAACUUCCCCCAUGGCAUCGUCUCCUUCUGUGAUGGCCUGGUCCACGACCCACUCAGACACAAAGCCAACUUCCUCAAGUCACUCAUGGAGGCUCACAUGAAGAUCUUUGCUUGUUACGGUUCUACCAAAGACAUCGCGGUCUACACCUCCAUCGGCCUCUCUCCCUCCCAGAUCUACAUCAUUGGCCGAUCCUCCAAGAAGAUGCAAGCUCAGUGCCAGUUCAUUACAGAGGGCUAUGCGACCCACCUCUCUCAGCUGGAGUACAACCAGCGCUCUCGGCCAGCAAAGACUAGCAGUGCCCGCAUGGUCCUACGGAAAGGCAGCUUUGGUCUGGGUGCAAAAAGCGACUUCCUACGGAAGCGGAACCACCUGCUGCGCACCAUAUCCGCCCAGCCGUCCUCCAGCUUGCUCAGCGGCAGUGGCCACAAUAGACCAGAGCGCACACAGAGCCAGUCAGACAGCCACAGCCAGCAUGGCCCUGGACCAGCCCAGCGCAGCAUGAGCAUUACAGCAGGCUGCUGGGGCCGCAGUGGCAGCACCAAGCUGGAGCCUGGGGUGUUCAACCCAAAGUAGGAGGAUGAAAUUGAGCAAGGACAAAGGUGAUGAGGAAAGGGAAAAACUGCAGGAAGAGAAAUUCAAGAAAUUAAGAUUGAGAUGACCAGAGAAUAAUUUAAAGACAGGGGAGAGUGAGAUGCUGGUCGUAGGCUUUCAAAGCUCUAAAUACAGAGACAGGAAGAAGAAUGAGAGAAUACAUGCGGUAAACAGGUCAAUGGAACUUGGGGAAAGCGCAAGCUGAUCGAACAAAGUGGAUAUUCGGCAAAUCCAUCAGGAUUGAUGUAUUCUAACAGGCCCACAAUGUGGUUACUAAAAUCCGAUUUGGAUAUAUUUGGCUGUUUUCGCUGCAUAAUAUAUAAAUAUCUGAUAAAUGCUAACUCUGGUUCAAAUAUAUGGUAGUGAAGCCAGCCAUAUGGAAAUCGUUGGUGGUAAUUGAAGCCGUUUUUAAGUGUAAUGCUUGGUGACGAUGACAUAACAAUGCAUUGGGGUUGACAUCCAUAGAAGCAUUAUACUCCAAAUUAUAAACUGGGUGGUUUGAGCCCUGAAUGCUGAUUGGCUAACAACCUUGGUAUAUUUAACCUUUAUUUAACUAGGCAAGUCAGUUAAGAACAAAUUCUUAUUUACAAUGACGGCCCACGAACAGUAGGUUAAUUGCCUUGUUCAGGGGCAGAACGACUGAAUUUUACUUUGUCAGCUCAGGGAUUCGAUCUAGCAACCUUUCGGUUACUGGCCCAAAGCUCUAACCACUUAUUUUAGCUCUAAUUACGUUGGUAACAAGUUUAUAAUAGCAAUAAGGCACCUCAGAAGUUUGUGGUAUAUGGCCAAUAUACCAUGGCUAAGGGCUGUGUCCAGGCACUCCGCAUUGCGUCGUGCAAAGGACAGCCCUUAGCUAUAUACAGUUGAAGUCGGAGGUUUACAUACACCAUAGCCAAAUACAUUCAAUCCUAGUAAAUAUUCCCUGUGUUAGGUCAGUCAGGAUCACCACUUUAUUUUAAGAAUGGGAAAUGUCAGAAUAAUAGUAGAGAGAAUGAUUUAUUUCAGCUUUUAUUUCUUUCAUCACAUUCCCAGUGGGUCAGAAGUUUGAAUACACUCAAUUAGUAUUUGGUAGCAUUACCUUAAAAUUGUUUAACUCGGGUCAAACGUUUCGGGUAGCCUUCCACAAGCUUCCCACAAUAAGAUGGGUGCAUUUUGGCCCAUUCCUCCUGACUGAGCUGGUGUAACUCAGGUUUGUAGGCCUCCUUGCUCGCACAUGCUUUUUCAGUUCUGCCCACAAAUAUUCUAUAGGAUUGAGGUUAGGGCUUUGUGAUGGCCACUCCAAUACCUGGACUUUGUUGUCCUUAAGCCAUUUUGCCACAACUUUGGAAGUAUGCCUGGGGUCAUUGUCCAUAUGGAAAACCCAUUUGCGACCAAGCUUUAACUUCCUGUCUGAUGUCUUGAAAUGUUGCUUCAAUAUAUCCACAUCAUUUUCUGUCCUCAUGAUGCCAUCUAUUUUGUGAAGUGCACCAGUCCCUCCUGCAGCAAAGCACCCCCACAACAUGAUGCUGCCACGCCUGUGCUUCACGGUUGGGAUGGUGUUCUUCGGCUUGCAGGCCUCCCCCUUUUUCCUCCAAACAUACAGUGACGGAAAAAAGUAUUUGAUCCCCUGCUGAUUUUGUAUGUUUUCCCACUGACAAAGAAAUGAUCAGUCUAUCAUUUUAAUGGUAGGUUUAUUUGAACAGUGAGAGACAGAAUAACAACAACAAAAUCCCAAGUCAAAAAUGUUAUAAAUUGAUUUGCAUUUUAAUGAGGGAAAUAAGUAUUUGACCCCUCUGCAAAACGUGACUUAGUACUUGGUGGCAAAACCCUUGUUGGCAAUCACAGAGGUCAGACGUUUCUUGCAGUUGGCCACCAGGUUUGCACACAUCUCAGGUUGGAUUUUGUCCCAGUCCUCUUUGCAGAUCUUCUCCAAGUCAUUAAGGUGUCGAGGCUGAUGUUUGGCAACUCAAACCUUCAGCUCCCUCCACAGAUGUUCUAUGGGAUUAAGGUCUGGAGACUGGCUAGGCCACUCCAGGACCUUAAUGUGCUUCUUCUUGAGCCACUCCUUUGUUGCCUUGGCUGUGUGUUUUGGGUCAUUGUCAUGCUGGAAUACCCAUCCACGACCCAUUUUCAAUGCCUUGGCUGAGGGAAGGAGGUUCUCACCCAAGAUUUGACGGUACAUGGCCCUGUCCAUUUGAUGCGGUGAAGUUGUCCUGUCCCCUUAGCAGUAAAACACCCCCAAAGCAUAAUGUUUCCAGCUCCAUGUUUGACAGUGGGGAUGGUGUUCUUGGGGUCAUAGGCAGCAUUCCUCCUCCUCCAAACACGGCGAGUUGAGUUGAUGCCAAAGAGCUCCAUUUGGGUCUCAUCUGACCACAACUCUUUCCUCUGAAUAAUUUUGAUGUUCAUUGGCAAACUUCAUUGGCAAACCAGGACAGCGGAGUCAAUCACCACCUUCCGGAGACACCUGAAACCCCACCUCUUCAAGGAAUACCUAGGAUAGGAUAAGUAAUCCU